AUAGAUUGAUGAAGUUAUUCUUAUGGUAGUUUAUUUGGUUUAUGCUCUGAGCUUUUAUUAGUUUCUUUUUUUUUUUUUAGAUUUUCCUCCAGUGUAAAGUUAGGUUCUUUGUUUGUUAUGCAAUGUGAAUAUUAUACUGGAUGUUAGAUUAUGUCAAUGUGAAUGGGUAAUUGAUGUUGCUUUUGAUUAUUGUUGUCGCUUGCUUAGCAGUUUGCUUUGCGCCAAUUCAUUCUGGAAAUGGAAUGAAGCUGGUCGCAUUAGGGCAUUGUUUCCUUAGUAUUAGUCAUAUUUUUCGAGUGUAAUUUGGAAAACAGAUAAAGAGAAAAAGGUCUUGCUUAUACACUGUAUGAUGUGCAUUGUGAACUUGGUUGUGUGAUUUCCUGGUGUCUAGUUUCUAGUCUGUGGUAGUUUUCUGGCACUUGUAGAAGGUAGGUAGUGGGAGUCUGAUUGAGUUGAAUCUGAAGUUACAACCGUUCUAUGUGAACAUACUAUUUGUAUGCUGUCCUGUAAAUUUGUUUGUCAUGUUGACAUUUGCUGUAGUCUUUUCAUUGAAAUAUUGCUUUUUAUGACCUUUAUUUGCAGAUCUGAAAAUGCUUGUAGAACUCUGUUGACUGAUUUGUUGGACGCCCUUUUAUGUCUUUAAGGUUGACAUUGUUUGCUAAGAAGAAAACACAUAUACAGACAGUUAAAUUUCUUUUGGAUAGGCUAUUUAUUUUGUAUGCAUUUACAUAUGAAAUGGGUUCUCGAGGAAGGCUACUAUUUGAUCUUAAUGAACCCCCUGCUGAGGAUGAUGAGGAGACUGAUCGUGUCGUCUGCUUGCAGCCGCAGAAGGCACUUCCCUCUGUAAAUCCAAAUACUUCUGACUUGUUUGCAGCAUCAGUAGGUCCCCAAGGUAUAAAAAAUAAUAAUGCUUUCUCACAUGCAUCUUCUGUGUCGGGUUUUCAGCCUUUUAUUCGGCCCAAAGUUGCUCAAGGCCCUGAAGCAGGUUCUCAACAGAAGAGGGCAGGGGAUCAGAAUCCCAAGUUAUCUUCGUCAAGACAAUCAAGCAAUGGUGAUGACAAAAAUGCGGCGCCAUCGUUAGUUUCAGGCUCUACAGAUCCUGAAGCUGUAGAAAGGGAAGAGGGAGAGUGGUCUGACAUAGAAGGUUCUACUGUUGCAUCUGCAGGCAGUAGUCUCCAUGAGCUGGGAAAAGCUGUACAAGACCAGGGGAGGUAUGAAUUGAUGGGAUCUAGUACUUCUGGUAUGGGUACUGAGAACAAUUUCAGCAACACCAAGAUUACUGAUAAUACCAGGGUCGAAAGCAGUGGCCGUGCUUUACAGGGGUCAGAGCAUGGUUUAAAUGAUCAGAAAAGUACCAGUAGCCGAAAUUCGGAUGGCAAUGCUAAUGGUGAUGUGUCCAUAGAUGGCCAGGAAGAAAUUGCAUUAGUUCCAAAAGCAAGAGAAGUUAAAGGUAUUGAAGCAAAUCAUGCACUUAAAUAUGCCAAUAAUGGGGGGAAGAGGAAGAUAGACCAACAUAAAGAGGCAAUGCUAGGGAAGAAGCGUAAUAGACAAACCAUGUUAAUAAAUAUAGAUGAAGUGAAGCAAGCAGGUGCUAUUAAAUCUUCAACACCUAGAAGGCAGUCAACUACCAUCCGUACUGUCAAGGAAGUUCGCACUGCCCCUCCACCUGCUGAACAUGUUGGUGAGAAGCAUGUUGACCUAUCAUGCAAUGAAGGGGGGACUUCUGCAGAAUCCUGUCAUCUGAAAAAUGAAUAUAAUGGUGAUAUGAACUCCGGACAAUUAGCAAAGGUGAGGAGGCCAAACAGUGACAUGGAUUUUCCUGCAGAAGGACAGCUGCCACCGAUUCCAAGACAGAGUUCAUGGAAGCAGCCUGCUGACUUGAGGCAGCCAAAAAACUCACAAUUCUCUAAUAGGAAGCUGGCUCUAAUGAGUCAAAGUUCCAUAGAUUCUAAGUUGGGGAACAAGAAAAACCUUCCUGCCAAGAAGCCAGCUGUUAUCAGUAGUACCUCAUAUCAAGACACAUCGGUUGAAAGACUCAUAAGGGAGGUGACUAAUGAGAAGUUCUGGCAUCACCCAGAGGACUCCGAGCUCCAAUGUGUUCCUGGGCGGUUUGAGUCUGUUGAAGAGUAUGUCAGGGUAUUUGAACCUUUGCUUUUUGAAGAAUGCCGAGCACAACUUUAUAGCACAUGGGAAGAGUUGACUGAAACUAAUGCCCAUGUAAUGGUUCGCGUAAAGAGCAUUGAAAGACGUGAAAGAGGAUGGUAUGAUGUGAUAGUCCUGCCAGUUAAUGAGUUUAAAUGGACAUUUAAGGAGGGUGAUGUUGCAGUUCUUUCAACCCCAAGGCCUGGAACAGUCAGAUCCAAGAGGAACAACUCAACAAAUGAAGAUGAUGAUGAACCUGAGAUCGGUGGACGCGUGACGGGUACUGUUAGACGGCAUAUUUCUCUGGAUACUCGUGAUCCUCCUGGUGCAAUCCUCCACUUUUUUGUUGGGGACUCAUAUGACCCUUACAGCAAGGGAGAUGAAGAUCACAUUCUGAGGAAACUCCAGCCAAGAGGCACGUGGUUUCUAACUGUACUUGGUUCGUUAGCAACCACUCAGCGGGAAUAUGUUGCCUUGCAUGCAUUCUGCCGCCUCAAUUCCCAGAUGCAAACUGCUAUCCUGAAGCCCAGUCCUGAACACUUUCCAAAAUAUGAGCAACAGAUCCCUGCCAUGCCUGAAUGCUUCACACAGAAUUUUGCUGAUCAUUUGCAUAGGACCUUCAAUGGACCCCAGCUGGCGGCAAUUCAAUGGGCUGCAAUGCAUACAGCUGCUGGUACAAGUAGUGGUAUGACAAAGAGGCAAGAUCCAUGGCCCUUUACUCUUGUUCAAGGGCCUCCAGGAACAGGUAAGACGCACACAGUCUGGGGAAUGCUAAAUGUGAUCCAUCUGGUUCAGUAUCAGCACUACUAUACUUCUUUGCUUAAGAAACUAGCACCCCAGAGCUACAAGCAAGCCAAUGAGAGCAAUCCUGACAACAUUGCAAUGGGUUCCAUUGAUGAAGUUCUUCAUAACAUGGACCAGAAUCUCUUCCGCUCACUUUCAAAGCUUUGUCCAAAGCCCAGAAUGUUAGUUUGUGCUCCUUCCAAUGCUGCAACAGAUGAGCUUCUUGCACGAGUUCUUGAUCGUGGAUUCAUUGAUGGUGAGAUGAAAGUUUAUCGGCCUGAUGUAGCCAGAGUUGGUGUUGAUUCACAAUCACGUGCUGCUCAGGCAGUUUCUGUUGAGAGGAGAACUGAACAACUGUUGAUCAAGAGCCGUGAGGAAGUCUCAAAAUGGAUGCAAGAUUUAAGAGGUCAGGAAGCCUAUUUCUCUGCACAAAUAGCUGAUCUUCAAAACAAGCUUUCUAUGGCAGCUGCUGAUGGUCGUUCGCAGGGAUCCGUUGGUGUUGAUCCUGAUGUUCUCAUUGCUAGGGACCAAAACCGAGAUGCACUGCUGCAGAACCUUGCAGCAGCUGUUGAAAGCAGGGAUAAAGUUCUAGUUGAGAUUUCUCGUCUUCUCAUUUUGGAAGCCAGGUUCCGUGCUGGUAGCAACUUCAAUAUGGAGGAAGCCCGUGCUAGUUUGGAGGCAAGUUUUGCCAAUGAGGCUGAGAUUGUCUUCACCACCGUCUCAAGCAGUGGUCGCAAGUUGUUCUCUCGGCUUACACAUGGUUUUGAUAUGGUAGUUAUUGAUGAGGCUGCUCAAGCCAGCGAAGUAGCUGUUCUUCCUCCCCUAGCUCUCGGUGCUCCACGGUGUGUUCUUGUGGGGGAUCCCCAACAGCUUCCUGCAACCGUUAUCAGCAAGGCAGCUGGGACCUUAAUGUAUAGCAGAAGUCUUUUUGAAAGGUUUCAGCAAGCAGGAUGUCCAACAAUGUUGUUAUCUGUGCAGUAUAGGAUGCAUCCUCAAAUUCGAGAUUUCCCUUCACGGCACUUCUACCAAAGCCGUCUUACUGAUAGUGAAAGUGUUGUUAACUUGCCCGAUGAGAUGUACUACAAGGAUCCUUUACUUAGACCAUAUCUAUUUUAUGAUGUUACUUAUGGGCGGGAGUCCCACAGGGGCGGAUCUGUCUCUUUCCAGAAUGUUCAUGAAGCACAGUUUUGUUUCCAGUUGUACGAGCAUCUUCAGAAAACUCUGAAGUCAUUGGGUCUGGGGAGAAUAUCUGUUGGCAUAAUUACACCAUAUAAGUUGCAAUUGAAAUGCCUUCAACAUGAAUUUGCAGCAAUAUUAAAGUCAGAAGAAGGGAAGGACAUCUAUAUCAAUACUGUAGAUGCUUUUCAAGGGCAGGAACGUGAUGUCAUUAUUAUGUCCUGUGUACGUGCCUCAAAUCACAGUGUUGGUUUUGUUGCUGAUAUCCGCCGAAUGAAUGUUGCUCUUACACGGGCAAGAAGGGCUCUAUGGGUCAUGGGAAAUGCGAAUUCUCUGGUGAAAUCUGAUGACUGGGCUGCAUUGAUUGAUGAUGCUAAGGCAAGGAAUUGCUAUAUGGACAUGGAAUCUCUGCCUAAAGAGUUUUUUGUCUCAAAGGGAAAUCAGGGCAAAGGCUCCUCCAACACCAGGGGUUCGAGGUUAGGUGGACCAAGGCACAGAUCUAUGGAUUUGCACAUGGAGGCCAGAUCUGGAACACCUUCAGAAGAUGAUGACAGUUCAGGUGCACCUGUAAUUUCUAGGAAUGGGAAUUAUAGGCCGUUUAAACCACUAAUGGAUAAUUCAUUAGAUGACUUUGAUCAAUCAGGCGAUAAAUCAAGAGAUGCCUGGCAAUAUGGCAUACAGAAGAAGCAGAGUUCUUCUGGGUUUGUGGGAAAGAGAGAGUCCUAGCUGUUUUGGUGAUUGCCUCAACAAAUUCUUUUGGCACUGCUGGUAGCUUUCUGCACAAUUGAAUUCCCGCAGUUGAUGCUGUUUUUUAGUGCCAGGAGGUCCUUGGAAUAUGGCUAAACACACUCUGAGACAGGUGCCUGGCUCUGGUUCCUGUGUGCUGAUUGCAUCUGCUAAACAGAAGCUUCACAGAUUGGCUGUUUUAUCUUGGACUGGCCAAGUAAAGGUUAUUGCUUAUGCAAUAUAUCCAUGAGGUAGAUUGCCUGCCAUGUAUUUUGAUUGGAUUGGUUGAUGUGAUUUAUUGCUGGGAGAUGGGUGCUUUGAGUGAGUAUGGAAUAUCUACCAUUAAUCCACCAGCAUACAGGUAUGAAGGUGAGAAAUUAUUGUUCCAUGCAGUAGGAUGUGAUCUAACUUGAACUUUUUGUCGGUCGAUCACUGAGUUUUUGUAUGGACACUGGUUGUAUGAGUAGCAGGAACCAAUUGGCGGUAUCAAGAAGCCUUCUUACUAUUAGAAUCUGUAGUGCCACCAUGUGCAAUGGAAACUUGCCCACUUUGACUUUUGGCUGAAGUAGUUAGUUGAUGUGGAUUUUUAGGAGGCUUCCCGGUCAUUUAAUUCCAUACUUCCAUCAUAGCUUUCUUCUUAAAGCAUGGGAAGCUGACUCCUAGGUUCUUAAUUCUUGGGAAUGUCAGCACUUCUAUUGUAGUUCUUCUAUGGAAGAUGCUACAUACAUUUUCGGGACAUUCAGAUGCACUAGGAUGACAUCUUUAAAAGGGAUAUGUAAGACAGUGGAUGGUUGACCCAAAUAUUCUUUCUUCCAGUUAUGUUCUUUUUGAAGGCAAGUAAGAGAAUAGGGAACAUGCCUACAACAGAUGGGAAACAUUGGACUCUGUAUAGAAAAAGGAAGGAGAGUACAGGAUUUUGUAUAACAAUGCUCUAAUACUAGAGGCAUUUGUGAAUUUUUACCGACUUUGUAUAUACAUCUUUAGCUAUGGAAUCACUAUCAAUUUAUUUAUUUUUGGCGGAAUGAAAGAUAAAUUCUUUUUA